CUUGGAGGACAUGGCCGUGGAAUUCUCUCCGGAGGAGUGGGCCUGCCUGGACCCUGCCCAGAGGGCUUUGCGCAGGGGCAUGACUUUGGAGACCUUCAGGAACCUGAUUGAUGUGGGAAUGCUUAAACCCCAUAAUGAAAAUCUCACUGUUAAGAAAGAUUGUAGUAGAAAUUUUGCACAAAGGAAGACUACUGAAAACAUGCUUACAAUAAGCUGUCAUGAUGUACCAUGUAUUUUUAAAAGUGAAGAGGUAAUAGAAGAAUUUAAUCAAAAUGAGAAGAAUAUGAGCAGGAAGCCUUCAUUUUCACCACUCCAAGGAAUUUCUUCUAGUGUCCAAAGCAGUGUUUCUCAUGCAUUUGAAAAUGAUUUUGUGCAUUCUUCAAUAGUGACACAAGACCAGGAGACACAGAUGGAAAGACCUUAUAAAUGUAAUGCAUGUGGGAAAUCCUUUGAUUAUUGCUCCCUUCUCUCACAGCCCUGGAUUAUCCAUACAGCAAUAAAAGCAUAUAAAUGUGAUGUAGGUGGUAAAGUCUUUGGGCAACAUUCAUACAUGGCACUUUUUCAGAGAAUUAUUACUGGAAAGAAAUCUUACACAUGUAAGGAGUGUGGGAAAACCUUUUGUUACUGCUCACUCCUCUCACAUCAGAUAACUAAUACAGGAGCAAAACCAUAUAAAUGUGAAGUAUGUGGGAGAAAUUUUAGUCAAAGUUCAUCCCUUAAAUGUCAUCAGAGAAUUCACACUGGAGAGAAACCUUACAAAUGUAAAGAAUGUGGCAAGGCCUUUAGUCGUAAAACAACCCUUGCACGACAUCACAGAAUUCACUCUGGAGAGAAACCUUACAUAUGUAAUGCAUGUGGCAAGGCCUUUAGUGUUAAACCGUCCCUUGCACAUCAUCAGAGACUUCAUACUGAAGAGAAACCUUACAAAUGUAAUGAGUGUGGGAAAAGCUUUUCUUCUUCCUGCUGCAGGCAGCAUAAACUAAUCCACACAGGAGCAAAGCCAUAUAAAUGUGAUGUAUGUGGGAAAGCCUUUCAUAGAAGAUCACACCUUUCAAAUCAUUGGAGAAUUCAUACUGGAGAGAAACCUUACACAUGUAAUGAGUGUGGGAAAACCUUCAGUGGUAAACAAUCCCUUGCACAUCAUCGGAGAAUUCAUACUGGGGAGAGACCUUACACAUGUAAUGAGUGUGGGAAAACCUUUUCUUCUUCCUCCUGCUUCAGGCAACAUAAACUCAUCCACACAGGAGCAAAGCCAUAUAAAUGUGAUGUAUGUGGGAAAGCCUUUCGUAGAAGAUCACACCUUUCAAUUCACCAGAGAAUUCACACUGGAGAGAGACCUUACACAUGUAAUGAGUGUGGGAAAACCUUUACUCAGGGUUCCACACUCAAGAGUCAUCAGAUGACCCAUACAAAAGAUAUAUUACGUAAUUGUGAUGCAUGUGUCACAGUCUUCAGUAGAAAGUCUCACUGUACUAUUCUGAAGAAAAUUCAGACUGGAGAGAAAUGUCAAAACUGCAGUGAGUGUGGGAAGAUCCUUGGUCAAAAAAGCCUUUCUUCACACUGGAGAAUUCAUUCCGGAGAGAAGCCUUGCAAAUGUAAUGAGUGUGGGAAAACCUUUCUUUACCGCUGUCUCCUCUCAAUACAUCAGAUAACCCAUACAGGAGCAAAACCAUAUAAAUGUGAAGCGUGUGGGAAACACUUUGGUCACAGUUCAUCCCUUAAAGUUCAUUGGAGAAUUCAUACUGGAGAGAAACCUUACAAGUGUAAUGACUGUGGCAAGGCCUUUAAUCAAAGAACAACCCUUGUGAAUCAUAAGAGGCUUCAUACUGGAGAGAGACCUUAUAGAUGUAAUGAGUGUGGCAAAGCCUUUCGUUACAAUUCAUCCUUUUCAAAACAUCAGAGAAUUCAUACUGGAGAGAAACCUUACAAAUGUAAUGUGUGUGGAAAAAGUUUUACUCAGGGUUCCUCUCUCAAGAGCCAUCAGAUGAUCCAUACAAGAGAAAUAUUGCAUUAGUGUGAUGCGUGUGUCAGGGUCUUUAGUAAAAAGCCCUACUUUACUUUUUCUGUGAAAAUUCAUACUGGAGAGAAAUGUCAACAAUGUAAUGUGUGUGGGAAGAUCCUUGGUCAAAAAGGCCUUUAUGGAUGGAAUUCUUGUUGAGGCUCUGUGGUAACAACCUCGACUAGUGUCCAUGAGAAUGUAGGUUCGAUUCUGGUCCUGCUCAGUGGGUUAAGCAUCUGCUGUUGCUAUGAG